AUGGCCCGCGCCGACGAUAGCUGGGAGCAAGCAGACGAGGAAGCGGUGAGCAUGAAGCUCUCGAGCAUGCAGAUCCGCGUGCCCAAUGACCCGCCGUCCAAUGAUGGCACCCCGAUGGCGAAGCUGUCGAGCCCCGUGAGCCGCGGGGGCGCCGCGGCC